UGUAUGUAUGUAAAAUGUUUAUUGUCUUACAUAAUUUUAACGAUGUAGCUAUAACCCAGUACGACACUGCAGUUAUGUGGAGAGUGGCUUUGGGCUAUUUUCUAUUAAACAUUUUACAUUAUGCAACGCAUAGCGAGGCUUACCUCGUUGGAGCUGGGUUAAACGUCCGUUUUGCCCAAAUGCUCCAAAGCGACACCAAAUACAAAGUCCUAAGGGAAGAGAUGAUAAAGGCGAACACCCGCAACUUGGCCUACCACUGCCGUGCGGACAAGGGCGACUGCGAUGCGGCCCUCGCGAAGAUGCGCUACAAAGCCAGCAAGCACUUCUACGCGCUGUCCAAAGCUGUUGUUGACUAUGUGAAGAAUAGAAGGCAAGCGCGCCCUACAGGUUACGUUGGCACAGCAACAUUCUGCCAAGACAACAUCUGUGUGCCGGACACCGACCCGCCCAUCGUGUACGGAGGCUGCUUCACGCUCAUCUCCUGCGGCGGCAACCAGACCUGGCACCUCGACCCUGUGCUCUAUAAGAAGAAGAAAAACAAAUAUUACUGAAUUUACUU